UGCUCACGAAAUAAUUUGUGCGUUCUUACGGUAACUUUGUUACCAACCUUCCUCAUUCUAACCAAAGCCAACUUCGAAAUGAUCAUCCGGGCCAUCCUCAAAACAACGGUUCUUGCUGCUGGUGCAAUAGCAGCAACCAUCUCCGCCAGGAACGACGAUGGCACCAACAGUUUUCGUCUACGGGCCAACAUGCUUUACCCCGAUUCCCCGGGCAAUGGGCCUGUUAUCCAGGGUUACGAGCUCGGCUAUGUCUCCGGUGCCGCAUGUCAGGCCACCGUGAUCCUGGUACCCGAGAGUCAAGGGUCCGUAUUUUCUGCCAAUAAUAAUACCAUUGGCGUUUACCUUGACGGCGACUCACCCUCCUUUGCCGGCAUGGUGGUGCCCUGGCGCGGGCCUGCGAUGGUACCCAGCGGUAGGCCCGUGGAGCUGAAGUGCGAAGAUGGUACACAAGGUCUCACUCUCAAUGAUAACGGCGUGUACUAUCCCGGGGAAAUGGGUCCGGAUUUUAAUGGUGCGUUCAUGGUGUGCGAGGAUGUAGGUUACCCGUUUCUGAGCUUCUAUGGUUGGGGUCAGAGGCCUCUUUGGGGUUGUACUGUAAUUCAGCUUCUUCCUGUUCACUGAACCCGAAAGGAAGACUCCCUGCCAUCCGAUAGCUGAGGAACUAAUUUGCUGAAACCUGCCCGUACGGCCGUUGCCACUUCAAAUCUUGGACAAGCGCUUUCUUCUCAUGUUCUGCAUCGACACGAUGCUAAAGGGAGUUUUUGCGCAUGAGCGAGCAACGUCGUGUUGACGCACAAAUAUCAUGUCAACCAUUGUUUUUCUCCUUAAUUCGCACUGUAUGUAGAGGUAGAUAGCAUUUGAUAGCCGACGUAGGCGCCCUUAGCCCUUGCGGGUUGAACCGGCGUUAAACAAUCAAAUAAAAAAACAAACAAAUUGAUGAUAGAAA